GGAGAUGGGAGGAGGGGCAAGCUCAGAGCAGCAGAGGUAUGUAAUAGUAAUAACAAAAAUUGUAUAAAGUACAAGUGACUCGUGAUAACAUUAAAUGUAUGCUUACUAAUGCAAGGAGCUUAAAUCACAAAACGGGGAAACUAGUGUAGUGGCAAUAGGGCACACUAAGCAAUAUGACAUAAUAGGCGUAACAGAAGCAUAGUGAGAGGAGACACUGGGCAGUUAACUUAAAUGGUUACACAUUAUUUAGGAAGGAUAGAAAAACAAAACAAAAAAAAGGUGGUUGGGUAUGUUUGUAUGUAGAGUUUGAUUGCUGGGAUGUAUGCACAUAUGCAUAUACAGUGUGCAGCACAUAAAUGCUGUAAGAAACACAAAUACACACACUGACACAUACACACUGACAGACAGACACACAGAUACAUACACAAACUCUGACAAUCGGAUGCACAAAAACAGGUGAACACACGAACAGCUAACACAUAUACACACACUGACAGAUACACACUAAGAUCCACACAUAUAGAUAACAUGUACACACCCAGAUAACACACAUAGACACAUAUACACACAGAUAAAACAUAUACACACAAAUAACACAUGCACACAUUACAUAUUUUGUAGCCACCCCCCUGCUUCCAUACAUUUUUAGUGCAGGAGGCAUCUGGUUGAGUGUGAUGGGAGUCUGGUCCAGGCUCUUCCUCCUAUCUGAUCCUGGCUCUCAGUGUCCCACCUCUCUGGUCCUCCCCUCUUUUCCAUGCGGCUUGUGGUAAGCUGGAAGGAAGUGAAUUGUUCUCACUUCCUACCAGCACAUUUUAGGUGAGGUGAAUGAGGUUGUACUGGCACCCGAUGGGCCACCCGAGCCCACGGGCCCCAGUGGUAGUUCCGCCACUGUUGAUGAGGAAAAACAGCUGUUCGAGCAAAUUGGGAAAUCUGCAUAUCUGGGUAACACGUUAAUUAUUGGAGAUUUUAAUUACCCAGACAUAAACUGGAAGAGUAGGACUAGUUUUGCAAGGAGAAGCAGGUUUUUGAAGCAGGUUUUUGUACCUGUUAAAUGAAACCUUCAUAUCACAACUGGCACAAGCACCAACGAGAAAGGACGCUUGUCUGGAUCUGGUUAUAACCAACAAUGUUAAUCUUUUGACCAACAUUGAAGUAGGGGAGAAAUAGUGAUCACAAUAUGGUUUCUUUUUAAAUAAAUGUAAAAAAGCAAAUGCACACAGGGUAUACUAAAACAUAAUUUAAAACAGGCCAAUUUCAAUAAGAAAAGUGCAGCUUUACAACACAUUGACUGGCAUUAAUGAUUUAGUGAUGAAAAACACUGAGGAUAAAUGGAAUAUCUUAAAACAAAUUUUAGAAAAGUACAUUUAUAAGUAUCUACUAUUGAGUAAUGAAUAUAAAAGAAACAAAUUGAAACCAAUGUGAUUUGGUUGGAAAGUGAAUCAAGAAAUUAAAAAUAAGUAAAGCUCAUUUAAAGCAUUAUAUAAGACAAAUCCUAUAAAAGAGAUAAGGAGGGGACGGAGCCUGAACGCCAAAGAGACCGGUCGCAAGCGCUUACAGCUCCGAGCCUUACCCAGUGAAACUAACAGCUGAACUAACCCCCCUCACUCCCUCAAAUGACAGAAGGUACCUAGAACUCACAUGGGACGAAAAUCCAAAAAAAGGUACCAAACAAGCCUGUCACAGGGCUCACCAUCGGGGAGAUGUGGAGGCAAACACGAGGCACCAGUGACCACAACAUGGCGGCCCUGCAUGGCGGGAUGCUCGGACUUCUCUGAGGAACUCUCGGAGGAGCUAGAGGAGCACUACCCGCAGACUCCAGCCCCAGCAGGACUGGGAAAGACACUGAACCAGUAACCACGGCAUUCCUCAAAGCACUAUUAGAGCAGACCUCCGACAACACAUCCACGCGGACGUUGUGGCACUGCGCGAGGACUUGCGAGGCCUGACAGGCCGCAUUGACAAAUUGGAAGGAACUGCCCAGUCCAACUCCCAGAGCAUUGCCAUGCUCCAGCAGGCCGCGCAGAACCUACAACUGCAGACCCUACAACUGCAGACCCAACAGUACAACUGCCGCCUGGCGGCACAAGAGGACUCCAGACGGACUCUUCCCCCAGGGCUCCACGCCAAACUCCUAUGCUGCGGUCACCACGUAACCCAGUGAGACCCUCACAAACUCAGUCAGUUCACCACACAAAAGUUCCUGGCAAUGGCUAACUCGUAUAAUUGGCAACCUGAAAACUGGGCAGACUCUCUUAAAAACAUCCCAAGGGGUGUGGCCUGACCAUCGAGGAGACUGGAUGUGUCCAGUGGUGUAUCCUGAUUUUGUGCUGGCCUAGGCUGGGGGGGGGGUCUCCCUCUCCCUGGGGAUCCAGUGGCUGCUUGGCUGCUGGGCGGUCGGCGCUGGCGAGGGAGCAUUUUUCCCUGAGCGCUCUGCUCAGCUCCCUUGCGCACCGCAGAGUGAUGCUGGGAGCCGGAAUAUGAUGGCAUCACUCUGCGGCGCGCGAGGGAGCUGAGAAGAGAGCUCACUAAUCAGUGCUCCCUUGCUGCCCGACCGGAUUGUUAGCCGCAAGGCUAACAAGACAUUUGCCCUGGGCAUUUGGGGGCGUCUCUUUUUGUCGCCCCCUGGAAAGUGCUGCUCACUAGAGUUCCACUCUAAUUGCACUAAAAAAGCUAACAAAAGCAACCUUUUUUAAAGUUUAUCUCCCACCUUGCUCCUGGACAUGGAGAAGCAGGUGAAGAAAGGCAUGGAGUCCGGCGGCACUGUCCUCGACCUCCUUACGGCGCCAAAGCAGUACCGGCCAGGGAGUCAAGAUGGCGAUGGAGCGUCCCCGCAGGCAUCACCUUGUGCCGACAGAGAGGCCUCCUUCAUCGAACGAGACAAAGUACUGGCUACACUCGCGGAGGUCCGAGCUUACCUCGCAGGAGAAAUCGCCAAAUCAACCGCGGUCCUGAAGGCAGACAUAGGAGCCCUGGGAGAGCGUACCGCGAAGUUGGAGGAACGGAUGGAGGCAACACAGGCCCACAACGCAGUGAUCGACCGGGUGAACGGCAUAACAGCCCACAUGGUGGAAACAGACCUGGCCAUAGAAGAUAUGGCAAACCGGUCGCGGCGGAAUAAUCUCAGAGUACGGGGCCUGCUGGAGGGAAACGAUGAGGACCUGAGACCCUCCUGGGACAGCUUAGGACCCAUGAACAGAAACACCAAAUGACCCAGGCCCGAAGAGACAUACAGGCAGCUGGACACGGUAAGAAGAAACAUCCGUACAUUAAUGCUUGACGACACAGGGCCAUGAUCUUGUCCAAACAGAUGUAUUAUGAAAAGGCUAACAAGAUGGACACCCUCCUUGCCAGGACACUUCGACCCAGACAGGAAAGGUCACAUGUCACAGCCAUUAAACAUCCAGACGGCACGAUAAAAUCAAAGCCAAUAGACGUUGCUGAGGUCUUUGAGGACUUCUAUAAACGAUUAUACAAUCAUACACCGGAUGGGAAUAUCCACAAUCGACAAGAGAUGGACGACAUUCUUAAAUACUUACACGAUCUUGGGAUGACAAAAUUGAACAGAGAGGCAAUAAGAGACUUGCCGGCAGAAAUCACUGAGGACGAAGUGGAUAGAGCUAUAUCGGGCCUGAAAGGCAAUAGCGCGUCGGGACCAGAUGGCUUCGAUGGCACGUAUUAUAAGACAUUCAGGGAAGAUCUCACACCUCAAUUGGUGAGGCUAUUCGAUAGCCUGAGACAGGGUGGACACCUUAAUCCCGACAAGUCCCUAGCUACCAUCGUGUUGCUGCCCAAGCCAGGGAGAGAUCCACUCCAGCCAGAAAACUACAGGCCCAUAUCGUUAAUCAACCACGACUUGAAGAUACUGGCAAGGAUACAAGCCGAUAGGUUGAAUCCAUUGUUGAAUUCGCUCGAAUUGUUAGAUUUGGAAACAAGUGGCCACUGGGACGCCCACUUUGGUGUUCUCGAUCGAUGCCGAAAAAGCUUUUGAUAGGGUCCAGUGGCAAUUCCUGUUCUUACUGCUGACACACACGGGCUUACCCGAGGAAUACGCAUCUAUCAAAAAAGCAAUGUACCACAAUGUACGGGCACAGGUCCAGAUAACGGGAGCUCCAAUGAAACCAUUUAAGCUACACAACGGUACCAAGCAGGGGUGCCCACUUUCCCCCCUCCUCUUCGUUCUGGCACUAGAGCCUUUACUACAGGCGAUACGCAGGCACACGAAUAUUAGGGGAGUUCAAGUAGGAGACAGAGAAUUUACAGUCUCGGCCUACGCAGAUGAUGUUCUCCUAACCAUCACAAAUCCGAUGGAGUCGAUGGCAGCACUCCAGGAGGUAAAAAGGGUAUAUGGGGAGGUGUCCAGAUAUAAAGCGAAUAUACACAAAUCCAGCGCAAUGCCAAUCGGACUAACGGCGCUGGAUAUGGACCGGAUACGGGAAACCUACCAAGUAAGGAUGGAAACUGACUUUCUGAAAUACUUAGGCAUUCACCUAACAGCAGACCCCGGACGUUUAUACUCGGCCAAUUACACUCAACAGCUCAGGGCAUUAAUAGGCGACCUAGAAAAGUGGACAAACAAGCCUAUUUUGUGGAUAGGACGGAUCAAUUCCAUCAAAAUGAACAUCCUGCCGUGACCCCUAUUUUUACUCCAAGCAUUACCUGUACGUGUUACAAAAACGCAAGUGAUACCACUACAAAGAUCGAUCAGGGACUUCAUCUGGCAGAACAAGAGGCACAGAAUCUCCAGACAAGUCCUAUAUAGACGCAAAGAUAGAGGAGGGCUGGGUCUCUCGAACCUAUACUUCUAUUACAUCGCGGUUCAACUGACGCAAGUAGUCAUGUGGCAUUCACCACUGGAUGAAAGGAAGUGGGUGGAAAUAAGAAUCCAUACUGGUGGGAUCAGAUAUCCCGCAGUUCACGAUGUGGGUCCCUAAGGAAUGUAGACCCAUGAUACGAGUGACCUGUCCGGCCAUAAUCAACUCGCUACAUAUAUGGGAUACAACUAAUGUCAAGUAUGGGUUGGCAUCAUCACCCUCCCUCCUAACUCCACUAUUUAGAAACCGGGAGUUCCAACCCGGAAUGGCCCCCAGAGAAUUCCGUAAUAUAGAAAAAAACAGAUUACAGCGGAUAUGCCAUCUAUAUCGAAAUGGAGAGCUUGUCCAAUUUGAAGACCUCCAGCAGGGUAAUCACCUAACUCCAGCAGACUUUUUCCGAUAUAUCCAGCUACUCUAUUAUACCAGAAGACCACAUAUCAGAGGUGUAGCCCAAGGGAAGCUGACAUUCUACGAGAAAUUGUGCCUAGAUGGAGCGACACCUAAGGGAUUGAUCACACUCCUAUACGCACAUCUCAGUGCAGAAAAUAAAGAAUGGGGAAAACUGUCAUACACGGAUCAAUGGGAGGCAGACCUAGGAGAGGUAUUGGAAGGAAUCGAAUGGCAGGAGAUAUGGGAAGCGAAUAAAAAUGCCUCUAUAUGUGUCACACUCCAGGAACAGACAUGGAAAACCAUGUUCAGAUGGUACACUGUAAAGCUUUUUAAAAUGCACAAAUUGGACACGGACGACUGUUGGAGGGGAUGUGGAGCCCGAGGAACGUAUUUACACAUGUGGUGGGAAGGCACAAAGAUACACAGUUUCUGGAAGGUGGUGGAGGAUUUGCUGAAACAGAUCUUUGAUAGGCCCUUGGACAUGGACCCAUGGGUAUACCUGUUAAACAGAUCACUUGAAGGGUGGACCAGAAGAGAGCAGAAACUAGUACACAAGAUCAAGUUAAGCGCACGUAGAGCAAUAGCAACCAAAUGGCUCUCACCUGAGGGACCAGAGUUCCAGGGGGUAAUAUCCAGGAUUAGAGAAUGUAGAAUUAUGGACGAUCUGACAGCUAGGGUAGCGGGGACGACGGCAGCAUUCCAAAGACUUUGGGAACCACGGGAUAACAGCUUGGUGGGUUCAGGUGGAGACUGAGUGCGACCGGACAAGGGAGCGAAAUCAGGAUAGCAACAGAAGUCCCCCAGCCCCUCCUGAAGGAGAUAGUCUCUGCAAUAUAGUGGAGGAGUAGUUGCCUCCCUCCCCCCCCCCUUUUUCUGAUCCUAAACCCUUUUUCUUUUUUUUUUCUCAUCUUUUCCUCUUAGACGAUUGUCUUGUUUUUGUUUAAUUUUUGUCUUUUUUUUUUUCUCUUCUCCCUUGUUUUUCAAGGGGAUUGAAUUUUCCUUUUGCCAGGCAUGAUCAAACGGUUGGAGGAACAUGGAAGCCCAUGAGCAAGUUUAGUUUCGUGAAAGUUCAGGGUUUUCCUAUACUGCACUAGAGCCUGGCUCAAAAAACAAAAACCCCUCGGAGGGUGGCAGGUUUCAUUUGGAUCAAAGAAUUAGCUUGUGCUGUAUAAUUAUUAUGCAAAUUGUUACCAAGAGUGUAUUCAAGCUGGCUUCUGCGCAAGCCCAAGUAUUUUUACAUGUAUAUUUGCUUUCCCUACCAAGCAAAAAAUAAAGAAUAUAAAAAAAGAAAAAAAUCCCAAGGUCACACCUGAUCCUCACUGUAGAUACCACAGGUAUGCACUGCUCACUGUUCGUUGUGUACCAUUUCGUUUUCCUGAGUGGCAUACCAGGAGUACUUCCAUUGUUAGAUCACAACUACCCACGCAUACACCAGGACUGGUGCUCACCCACCAAGAGAUGUACAAAUCUUUCACCGGGAGGGGAAUUGGCCGGGAGCACACUGAACAGCCAGACGCAAUGGAGUGCAAUAUGGUGAACCCAUCCACAUAAGACUCACAUAGUGCUGGACUUCUGUUCUCAACCUCACUUUCAAGUUUUAGUUAAGUUGGUCUAGUGGAUUUUAAUGUUGUGGUUUUGGAACCAGGGGUGACUGCAUGACCAGCAGGCUUAGCCUGAAUGGGCCGCAAGUUAACAAGUAUCAAGAGGAUCAUGACAACAAAUACCCCCUCACAGGAGUAUAGAUACCACAUUAACCACAGGUAUGACAACACCUUUGAAUCCCACAUUGAACUCAGCCUCAGCGGGGUACCUAAUACCAUGGAAGGCCCUAAUCCCCGACCUGCACGACAAUUCAAAUAGCUACGAACACUCUACAUGUAACUUUUCCCAUCGACACGACGUGCAGUCUAACCCACUCGGACAUGGCACUAAGCCUAUGGCACUCGCUACCCUGGCCCGGGUUACCCUUUCCCCUAUAAUACUCAAACUUACACCUUAAUACGCAAUAUUACCCCCACUGCCAGAGACCAGUAUGAUGUCUGGAGUAAGGGCCAAAAUCAGCGAGGCUCUCACACCCCGACUGACAGUAGGCAUAACGCCUCGACGCGCUCAUGACCCUAUUAUCACAAACUAUAUCCAACGAGACUUAGAUUCAGCACUCGCAGUAUAUGAAGCAUGGAAACUAAGCAUAGUAACCUGGGUCGUGAUAGCCUGAGCGAACAUUGGGUAGAGAGGGAUGGGUUAGCCAGACAGACUUAAUCGUGUCUUUUCAUUCGCCUCCCUCAUUCAACAAAUGCGAACCGCCCGGCUACCAAUGUAGAGAACAACACACAGACAGGGAGGGUUAUGUAUAUGAUUGAUGUUCAGGCUCAAUGCUCUUUGCCUGCAAUGCUCACCUGCGACACGUACCACCUGACCCGUACCCUGCUUCCCGAUAACUACCCUGCCCGCAAAUUUAACGUAAAGCACACAGCCAGUUGCUGUGGACUAAUUUGCUUUAGCCCAACCAAUAUACCCAACCCUGACGUCAGGUGGCAGGGCCAGAGCACCACUACGCCUUAUGAGCACCCGACACUGACAUGCCCACUCAGGCCUGUUUCCCCUGACGGCUACACCUUGAGACCUGGCUAUCAGCGGUAAUACUACUAACGGAAAGUUCAGUCAAUACAACGGGAUAUGUUCCUUGUUCCCCCUUUUGAAUAAUAGUACAGUAUCAUUUUAAGGGAUGACCCCGCCUGUGUUACCUUAAGAUUAGGCAUGUUUAUAUAGCACUGUUGACCAUUAUUUUGCCCAACAUGUACCUUGAGCGAGAACUUUAACUCACAAUACUUACAACGUGUAUAUUAUUCUGUGGUUUGACAUUAAUUAACACGUAAAAUGCCUGAUAAUUAUGCUUCUUUUCACUUUCCUUUAAAAAUGUGCACAAUUAUAUCCAUGCCAUAUUGUAUACUGUUAUCAAACGGUUUCCUACAGCUAUUGUGGCGUAGAAAGCCAAACUGUCAUUGCAUGCACUAACAAAAAUAAAGAAUAAAAAAAAAAAAAAGAGAUACGGAAGCCAAUGAUGCAAUGCAAACAAGUCAUUAGAUUGGCUAAACUAGAAUAUGGGAAAUUGAACCUAAAGAGACUAAACCAACGGUGCAUUUAGAACUAUAUGUGAGGAAUACACAGAGCAUUAGAUGUGGGUUAGGAACUACUGAAUUAAAACUUCCCACUCGUAUUCUUCUCACUUUUUCCUGCAGGGGCCAUUUGGAUAUUUAUAACCUUAUUCGCAGGACAUACAAAAUUAUCAACUUAAAAUUUAGCCUGUUAUAUUUGGUCAAACAUUUAAUUAAUUCACCCUUAAUUUGAUGGAUGGAAAUGCGUAUUGAUGAUGAAGCUACUUGCCACUGCUGCCCGGCCUCCACCCACGAUCGCGUAAAUUACAUCCAUUAUUAAGCUGCCUGCAGUGCCUGCUGUGAGUGACUCUAAGUUGUGUUGGCCACCCGGUGCCCCUCUUGCAUUGUCGCUCUAUGCGGACGCACACACAAAAGGCCUGCAUGGCUGUCUUAACAUUAUUAUAGACUCCCGGGUAAAGCAGAGCACUGGUCACUUCCUACACAAUCACUCACAGAAAUAAAAAUUGAAUUAUUGAUAAACUUAAGUUUAUAUUUAUUAGUACAUCCAACAAUUGCAAUACAUACACACAGACUGCUGAAUACAUUCACAAACUGCUGAAUACCCACACAGAGACAGACUGCCGAAUACAUAUACACAUACACUCUGCGAAUUACACACACAGACUGCUAAAAAAACACACACACACACACACACACACACACACAGACUGCUGUAUAUACACACACACACACACAGACUUCUGAAUACACACAGAUUGCUGAAUACAAGCACACAGACUACAGUGAAGGGUACAGUGUAUGUGCAAGGGGUGCUGUGUGUGUGUGAGGGGUGCAGUGUGUGUAUGAGGGGGUGUAAUGUGUGUGUGUAACAGGGUGCAGUGUUUGAGGGAGUGCAAUGUGUGUGUAGGGUCUAUAUUGUAAGUGGGAGGGUGAUCAGGGAGAAAAUUUAUAUUUUUUUCUUAAAAAGGUAAAGUAAAGCUUUAUGCCCCCUCCUUUUUCUUUCCUCUGGCCUGGAUGGAGGGGACAAAUCACUGCAAGUCCUGGUUGUCCAGUGGUGUCAUGUGCACUUUAGCCUGCAUCUCUGACUUCACUCUUUUCUUCCCGCGAGCACAGUGCUGUGUCAAAGCUUUGCCAUGGUAAUGUGAGGAAACACUCCAACCUUUCUGCUCGCGUGAGAAGCACAGUCUCCUGGGGCCUCCUCUUGGGUGCUACCUUCCUCCCUCUCCCCUAACAAACUACCAGAAGACCAGUCAGGGAGAUCUUUAAUCUCCCCACCAGCCCGAGAAAGGUAGACACAAUGGCCAGCUCUCCAUGGGCCAGACCAAAUGACUUUAUACGGAUGUUCCCCACCUCUGCUCUAGAGAUUCCCAUAACCUAUGUCUCAGUGGAUAUCAGACCAGUUAAUCACUCAUAAUAGUUUCUGCAACACCCUAUCCCUACGUAAAACUUUUCAUUCCAUAUACCAGCCUUAGACCUAUAUUUCUUAUUCUACCAGUCAACGCACUCACUGUGCCAGGAUCUGUUAUUUAAAACAUGGAUCUAUACAUGGAUCUGUUGUGUGAAGCAGUUUGUACACUCAGUGUACACAGAUCUUUUGUGUAAGCCAUUUUGUAUCCCCACUGGGCUAUGUGUGACAACAUGUGCUAGGGUUGUCCAGCUUCACUGGCUGUGUAUCUGUGGAAACCUACAGAGCAAGUUACUCUUGUUUGGUGAGAACAUUGCAAAUUAAUAACCUGCCUGACCAAUGUCCAGUGUGUGAAAGUCACAAGUUAAGUGACAAAGAGUGAGGCAGUAAAUUCUUGAGUUCAAUCAUUUACUUAAUUUUUAUUUUAGUGUUUUGUUUUUUUAUUAAUUUGCUUUUUUGUUUGGUUUUAUAACAAUUCGACAUAUACAGGAUGCACGAGCAUUAAGGUGACACGUGCAGUACAAUAAAGCAGGAUCACAGAACUGAGAGACCGCACAUAUCACAAUACAUGGGUUUCAGAUGUCAAGAGCUCAUUUUUCUGUAUGCGAACUGUAUAGGGUUGUGUUUCAAUGUUCACUACCUCUCAGAUACAUAUCAAUAGGACAGCAAUAUAUACAGACAUGUGUACACAUUGUAUAGUCCAUACACAACUAAAGAAAUGUAAAAAUAAAUCAAAAUGAAACAUAAUUUAAGAAAAGAAAAAUGAAAAUUAAACACAACGCAUAUUCUCAUGGUUUGAGGGGAUCAUAUUGGAAUACAUCAGGGAUUCAGUGCAAUACAAUUAGUGUGUUUCCCAACAUAGGUAAGUAUUAAGUAUAGGGAGUAGGAUCCUCUAUGGAUCAAUGAGUCUGGAGGUAAUGUGGGGUAUGGCCUUACUGUCGUCAGUAAUUAUGAUGGCCGACUCUGAGAUCUGGGGGUCCGUUCACCUGCCUGCUUACAAGGUACUGGUAUGUUGCUAGUUCCCUGGAUGAAAGGAACUACCGUCAGGGGAAGCGCCAUUUGGGCCUUGGGCUGAGGACCAGUAAUUCAGCCAUGGGGACAAGACUUUUAGAUACUUUAGUCUGCAUUCAUUGGCUGACCAAUGUAUGUCUUAAAUGUGUCUAAUGUCAUCUACUCGAUUAACCCAAUGUUCCACAGUGGGCACUGGCACCUUUUUCCAAUAUGCUGGGAUUAGGGCAUUCGCUUCACCUAAAAUGAGCAACAGUAGCUUCUGAUUGUGUGGGUUAGGAAAGGAGUUUGCCCAUCCUAAUAAGAUCUGAGAUUCUGUGAGAGUUGGGAUAGUUGGGUAAAUCAAGCAGAUGAUUCCGAUUAUCCGUCGCCAGAAUGGUUUUAUAUAGGCUGUAAGCUUGUGUGAGCAGGGCCCUCUUCAACCAAUUGUUCCUGUACGUUUUUGUAAUAGUCUCAUUUAUUGUUAAAUCUCCCCCUAAAAUGCUACAGAAUAUGCUGGCGCUAUAUAAAUACCAGUAAUAUUAAAAAUUAAUCACAAUGCCACCAUAAAUACUUUAUAGUCCCCUCUGUUCCCUGACAUAUCCAGCACAAAUUUCUGACUGUGGGUAGGAAAGAAUGUAAAAGGGAUGGGGUGGUCCUAUGCCAUCUCGUUAUACACUUAUAGAACGCUUCCCUUCUAGAUAGGCUAACUGAUGCCUGCAUUACCUGAGUGAAAAUAUGGGACCAGUCCAGGGCCGGCGCGUCCUAUAGGCGACUUAGGCGACAUAUUUUAGAGACCGGCAGGAGGGAUGUGCACAACGCUCCCUCCUGCCAGUCACUCAAUGUAGCGUGGCCGGGCAGCGCGGACGUGGUACAGGAGCUUAUGUUUCCUGUACCAUGGUCCGCGUCGCUCGGCCACUCUACAUAGGUAGGAGGCACAACAGGGAGGAAUGACCACUAAGGGGGGGAGGGAGGAAGGAGGACCGCUAAGGGGGGGAGUGAAGGACCACUAAGGGGGGAGAAGAGUGAGUGAGAGGACCACCAAAGGGGGACUGCAGAGGACCACUAAGGGGGUGGGGGGAGAGGGAGGACCACUAAGGGGAUGUGGGAGGAGGAUCACUAAGAGAAGGGGAGAGGGAGGACCACUAAGGGGGGGGGGGAGAGAACUAUGAAGGGGGAGUGAGAGACCACCAAGGGGGGACUGGAGAGGACCACUGAGAGGGGGAAGACCACUAAGGGAUGGGAGGGGAGGGGAGAGACCACUAAGGGGCAGAGGAUUGCUCUAAGGAUGGAGGGGUAGGGUAUAUCACUAAGGAACAGGGGAGAUCACUAAGGGACAGGACAGGUGGGGAGAGCACUAAUGGACUGGAGGGAAGGGAAUAUCACAAAGGGACAGGGGGCCAAGGUAGAGCACUAAGGAUCAGGAGGGGAGAACACUGAGGGACAGGAGGGGAGAUCACUAAUUUAUAGGAGGGGAGAGCACUAUAAAAAAUAAAUAAAAGAGCUGCUCCCCUCUCAGCCCUUAUUCUACCCCACAAACCCUCUCUUUUACACUACAUACAUACACUAUGCAUCCUUACACAUCCACAGAAACACACAAUGCAUCCCUACACACACACACAGAAACAUACAAUGCAUCCCUACUCACACACAGACACACCGAAACACAUAAUGCAUCCCUUACGCACAAACACACACACACACACACACUGCUUCUCUUACACACACAGAAACAAAAUGCAUCUCUUACACUCACUCAAUGCACCCCUUACAGACACACACACUGCAUUAAAUUUCAUACACAGAAACACACCUUGCAUUCCUUACAAACAAACACACACGGCAUCCCCUGUACACACACUACAUUCCUUACACAAAUUGGUAUCCCUAUACACUACAUUCCAUAACAACACACACACAUUACAUCCUCUACAAUAAUACAUAACACAUCCCCUACACACAUACACUCCACUCCCUGUGAGCGGAAUCAAGGGUAGGCCAUGUAGGUGGAUUUAUGGGCGGGUAUUGUAGGCAUACUCACGGUCAAGCCCUGCAGGCCCAGACCUUAAGCUGUGUAAGGGGCCCCAAAAAUGGAGCUGCUUCCUGUUCGUUAAUUGUUUUGAGCACUGUUACAAACAGUCUCCAGAGAGCCUCUUCUACACCAGACCUGUGGACCCAGACUACAGCCUGGGCCUAUCAUCAUCCUCUUGUCCUCAUCUGGUGGUAAGUAGGCAAUCCAGCUUAUUAUUAGUGGCACUAAUCUCUAAUUUACCUCAUUAUAGUCACUAUAGUAACCAAAACCACUGCAGCUUAAUGUAGUGGUUAUGGUGUCUAUAGCCUGUGCUGCAGGGUUUUUAAUGUAAACACACUGCCUAUUCAGAUAAAAGACACUUUGUGCUGAACUGGGAAUUUGUUGGCGCUAUAUAAAUAAUAAUAAAAACCAAACAAUAGGUAUCUGAAUCUCACGGAGUAGUAAAACACAAACAAAUACAAUGGGCUGCUUCACAACAAACAAUGAGCGACUAAUAUAUAUAUAUAUAACAUAUAGAUAAAAAAUGUGUGAGCGCUCCAAAUUCGCCCUAAGCAUGUCCAACUUACAGUAGAGUGAUAAUACUCGUUAAUACAAUUAGAGUAUAUAAUUAAACUGUCCAGACGCUUAAACACGCCAGCAAAUGAGUAAAAUUAAUUAAUUGCUAAAACACAAGCAAUACCAUGUGAACCAAUUAAUAAAAAAUCAUUCAAAACAAAUAAUUCAUACAGCAGACCGGGCUAAUAUGCGCUAUGCACAUCCCUCCUGCCGGUCUCUAAAAUAUGUCGCCUAAGUCGCCUAUAGGACGCGCCGGCCCUGGACUGGUCCCAUAUUUUCACUCAGGUAAUGCAGGCAUCAGUUAGCCUAUCUAGAAGGGAAGCUUUCUAUAAGUGUAUAACCAGAUAGCAUAGGACCAGACCACCCCAUCCCUAUUACAUUCUUUCCUACCCACAGUCAGAAAUUUGUGCUGGAUAUGUCAGGGAACAGAGGGGACUAUAAAGUAUUCAUGGUGGCAUUGUGAUUAAUUUUUAAUAUUACUGGUAUUUAUAUAGCGCCAGCAUAUUCUGUAGCAUUUUACAAUAUUAUCAAAGGGGAAGAUUUAACAAUAAAUGAGACUAUUACAAAAACUUACAGGAACAAUUGGUUGAAGAGGGCCCUGCUCACACAAGCUUACAGCCUAUAUAAAACCAUUCUGGCGUCGGAUAAUCGGAAUCAUCUGCUUGAUUUACCCAACUAUCCCAACUCUCACAGCAUCUCAGAUCUUAUUAGGAUGGACAAACUCCUUUCCUAACCCACACAAUAUAAUCUAAAUAUGUGCAAAAGUAUAUUUAUUCAAUGAUAAAACCUGUAUACUAGGUAUCAAAUAAGUACUAAAAAAUAUAUAUAAACAUCAAGUCAGAGAUACACAAACCAUCAAAUAAAAAACACAGCCGGUUAAGCAGAUACUAUGUUCUUAAAUGUAUCUUAAGGUCUCGAUAGAACUCAGUGGGAGGCCCCCUUCCCACCAGAGCGAUCUCCAAAAGAAAAGUAAGAAACACUGAUUCAUUGAUGAAAAAAAAGGCUGGCGUAAAAGCUCGUGAAUAAUAUGAGAUAAGGGACUUGCCGUCCUGGGGGAGUUAUUGGAGCUCUGAAACUUGCCCGGCUAGAUGGUAAAGCUAAGGGUGUAGAGGCGGAACUCCUAGGUCAAUAAUGAACAUAAGGAGAACACCCAGCAAAUUACCGGACAAAAAUGUGUCAUGGUUUCAUGCCUAGGGUUAUCCGAGAGUGCGUUCCUGAUCUUGAUUUUCUGGUAUUUGACUUUGGCUUUGUUUUGACUUCCCUGAAUUCUGGUAUCCUUGACUUUUGGCUUUCGCUCAUCUUUGUGUCUGAUUCUAUGUUCCUGACCUUAGCAAGUAUUUUGACUAUUCUUGGAGACGUUAAGUCCGGCCAUUCUAAGGUCCGUUUAUUUUUUAUCCUUAGUCCUAGGUGUGACACAGUACUGCGUGCUGGAUCAACCUGUAAUCCUGACACUCCCCUAAUGGACUGCAAGGUGGCCAGUGAGGGAGAUCUUUAAUUUGACAAACAGAAUUGGUGGCUCUCCAUAGGCCGGAAUAAAUGAUUUUGCCGACCACUCUUCCUCUAGAGGUUCCCAUAACCUCUGUCUUAGUGGAUAUCAGACCAUUCGGUCACUCAUAAUAGUUUCUCCAGCACCCUAUCCAUAUGUAAAACUUUCCAUUCCAUAUACCAGCCCUAGACCUAUAAUUCCUAUCCUACCAGUCAACGCACUCACUGUGCCAGGAUCUGUUAUUUAAAACACGGAUCUAUACAUGGAUCUGUUGUGUGAAGCAGUUUGAACACUCUGUGUACACAGAUCUUUUGUGUAAGCCAUUUUGUAUCCCCACUGGGCUAUGUGUGACAACAUGUGCCAGGGCUGUCCAGCUUCACUGGCUGUGUAUCUGUGGAAAUCUAUAGAGCACAGUUUGGUGAGAACAUUGCAAAUUAAUAACCUGCCUGAUCAAUGUCCAGUGUGUGAAAGUCACAAGUUAAGUGACAAAAAGUGAGGCAAUAAAUUCUUGAGUUCAAUUAUUUACUCGGGUCUUAUAUUUGUUACACCAGGGACCUUCCUCUAAUUUGUGCAUGCAUUCUUUAGUAGAGGAACACCAUGGAGAAGAUGUCUCCCAAUAGGAUACGUGUAGCUGUGAUCGGAGCCGGGGGAGCUGGUCUCUGUGCGGCCAGACAUCUCCUUUCACGUCCUCACACCUUCCAACCUCCAGUGGUGUUUGAGAUCUCUAGUCAGGUAGGUGGAACCUGGUUAUACACAGAGGUUUCAGAGAACGAAUCCCACCAACACUCCAGCACGUACAGAAACUUAAGGUAAGGAAAUAGGGCACCAGCUUGCAUGCCAUGUAUGACCGAGUGACAACGACAUGCUUAAUGUGUUAAUGGGUCAGUCCUGUGUAAAGGAACAAAAUGACAGUGACAUGCUUAAUGGGCUAAGUGUCACCCUGUAUAAAGUGACAGCUUGCUUAAUAGGUUUAAUUUUCAGGUGACCCAAUGACAGUGACAUGUUUAACGCGUAAACAUUAAAGACCCAAGUAAGAUUACUUAAUAGCAAUGGCAUGUUUAGAGCAGAUCCUUAACAUAUUAAUGACAGUGACAUCUUUAAUGAGUUAAUAAGUCAAUUGUCCACACAUGUUUCCCAUUGUUGAUUAGAUUACUUGUCUUGCUUUGUAUGAGAUAACAACAUGCAUUGGCUGCCUAUCAUUCAUAAGUAACUUGAAGCUUUCACGUCAUGCUGAGAAUCUUAUGAAAAAUUAUCACAGGUAGUAGCAAGGUGACCUGCUAUGUAACAAAUGUCAUGUACAUCAUACAUCAGGACCAACCUUCCCAAAGAGAUCAUGGAGUUCCCCGAUUUCAGCUUUGACCCAUCGCUUCCUUCUUUCAUCCAUCACAGUGAAGUUUUACGGUACUUGGAAGAAUACACAGACAACUUCAACAUACGGCCACACAUCAGGGUAAGACAUUUAUUGUGUAACCAAUCUACUGAGUGACAGGGUGACACAAUCAAAACAGCAGUAUGUAAGUGGAGUGCUAGACAGUAGGUGAACACAUUAUGCUCAGGAUAUAUGUGGAAAAUAAAUAUAUAGUGCAACACUGUGUUUUCAAUUUCUUGAUUGUAGUGGUUUAUAGAAGAUAUCAGAGGGUGAGUACUUUGCAAGUAACCCUUCAACUCCAGCAUCCAAAGCCUGAACCUCAAAAUAAACUCUUUACCAUUAUCCUAUGUCUAACUCGUCUUAAAACUAAACAUCUCAUGUACUUCAAUUCAAAAUGUAACCCAACUAAAGCUCUAUACUCAAUAAUCCUAAACAUCUUAUAUACUAAAAAUCUUCUAAACACCCUAUGUAAUCUAACUCUGACAUUAACACCUCUCUAACCUUAAAGCUCUCUGUCAUCGUCGUGGGGUCCAGUGGCUGAGCGCUCUUUGGAGGGGAUCUACAAUACCUUGGGAGGAACAAUCACUACCUAUGAGCUUCAACAACCAUCCAGAGACCACAAUAAAGUACCGGCAAAUAUCUAUAAUUGCCUGGAACUAUUUUCGGCAUUAGACCACGCUAGCAGUCAGUCUAAAAUUCUCAGGAAAUAUUGGGAUCCUAUACACAGAGUGGCAGAGUGUAAAAAGAAUAGUAAUGUGUACCGGACCUUAGAAUGCCCGUGCUGAGGUCACAAGGACGGAGAGUAAACAGGGACAAGCCGAGGUCAGUGGAGCCAGAAAUCAAGAACAGCGAGGGUACAAAAGCCGAGUCAAAGGGUAACAGAAGGUAAAGUAGUCAAACAAGCCAAAGUCAAAACCUAGAGUACAAUACAAGUAUAUAAAGUGCUAUUGGGACUGUAAGAACCCCAACAGGGCAGAGUGCCAUAAGUGAACCAACCUUUUAUAUUCUCUUUCUUUAAUUUUGAAGUCACGCCCCCAAAAAUUUGAUGUUUUAUAGGGCCUUUAUGUUAUUGGCGUCAUGACAUUGGCACGUACGCACCGCGGUAACAUCAUUUGCGUUAUGACGUCGGCACUCGUGGGCUGCGCCAUGUAAGCGGUCGGCUUUGGAACCGCUGGACGGAAACCUGGGACUGAGGAGAGGUUCCCUCUUUUGCAAAAAGUCCCCAACCCAGGUAAGCAUGGCAGUUACCCUGACAAAAAUUUAACGGGGUGGCGUUUCUCCAAACCUCAACGUAUCAGUGCGCUGUUUGGACAGAUUGGGCGCUCUAGCAAAAGCUAUCUGGGGAUAUAAGGCUUGUGACCAUUUUCAAUAUGUUUUUGGGGGAUUUUAUGUAUUUGGCUCUCUGUAUCCGGGAGAUAAUAAACUUACCAAGUUUUGACUCCAUUAUCUCCCAGACACAGAGACGCCUAGGUGGGAUCUGUGUGUAAAAGAAUAGAGACUGCCUGCAUUCUGAGCAAUAAAGACAGAUUAUUCUGUUACUGGGGGAACAGAGCUAUAUUAUAGCAGAGGUAACAAUUCGGGUUAGUAGUGGUCUGCUACAAAUAUAAUUUUAUUUUCUUUUUAGACCUGCAAUGUCCUAUUAGUAAAAUCAUUAUACUUACUUUAUCUGCCAUAUUUUGGGAUUGGUGAUCUGAGGACGCCUUAUAAUGCUGUGCCCUACACAAUAUAUAUCCCUGGGAAGUCACCAAGUGCCCUAACUGUCCAAAUGAUUGGAGAGAGCUCACACGCCCAGAGUACCCUCUGAUGCCACCUUGCCUCCCCGACCUUUCCUCCAAACAGUGCUCUAUUUUGAGGUUAGGAUAUCAAGCGAUACCCAUUUAAAGAUUGAUCUGACCUCGGCACAGUCCUGAUCAGAGGAACAGUUUCAGAGAAUUUUAAGUUAUCACCCAGUCAGACGUUCUAGGUGUAGCAUGAGUCCAGGCGAUCCCCAGAUUUCCUCAAUUCCAGCUGGAAAGCAUAAUAAGCGUUUGGGCCACCACAGUGACAAUAGCGCCUUUGAGGGGAUAUUGGAUAGGUCCAUAGUCUGUGGGCAGGAGACUGGCCUUCACACCUCUCCAGGAGGCUGUGGCAUGGGAGCCUCCAUCAAACAGUACUCCUGGCAUAGUAAUAAAAAAAAUAUAGCACACCCAGGACUUAUGCAUACAGAGCCUGCCACAUAUAGAACCUGGAAUAAUUUGCCAAAUGGCAAUAUGGAUUUAGAAAGCCCAGCCUGUUGGUUCCAAACACAACGUACGCCAGCAGUAUAUCUUAUGAAAAUUUACUGGAAAAUGAGAUUGCAAACAUUUGAAAAAUUAACCCCUUAAGGACACAGUUUCAGAAAUAAAAGGGAAUUAUGAUGGAAUAUUACCGUCAUGUGUCCUUAAGGGGUUAAACUCCCAGACUCCGUGGCUUUGUUUUGCCUGGGUUUAGAUCUUCCGAAGGUUAUUCAGUUCACAGAAAGAAUACGUUAGCUGGUUCUGAGGGCAAAUGAGAGAAAAGUAGAGAACAUCAGUAACACACUGUCCAAUUAAUAUUAUAGAAAAAUCUGUAAAUAAAUGUAAAAAAAAGGGGGGGGUCCUGAAGGACAGAAUUUAUUUUUUUUCAGUUCUAAAUUUACAUCAGUCAACUUCCUAUUAUAAAUAGAAAGAUCAGUAGUAUAGUGCUCCAUAAGGCUAUUUAGAUGGAGGGAGUGGUGCACUCCCUUUGAAUGUUGUGAGGAGGUUCUGGGGAACAUUGCUGCACACCCCUCUGAGUUACGUAGCAUGGCAGGAUUGAAUCUAUACCUGACUGUGCAGCAUGUGCUUAUUUACAGCUAUGCUUUUCUUGAGAUCCUGGAGAGAAUCAGCAGCACAAUGUCCAUGGCUAGAGAAGACAAGCAAAACAUAGAAAUGUCAUGACAUAUUCCCACCUCUUUUAGUGUGUAAGGGCAUCAAGGUUUCCUUUGGACUCAUGCUCCAGGUGUUUUUGGAACUUGGCAACACUCCUGGUAUCAGGGCGGGUCUGGGAAGAAAAUUCGGCCAGGGCAUUUUUUAAUUACAGCGGACCACUGGAAGAGCCAGAUAGGGUGUGUUUUGUCAUCACCAAUGACAAGAAUGCCCCAUCCCAAAGUGAGCAUGUUGGUUCCAUGCUCUUCCAGGCCAGACCAUGCGCAGAGCUCUGCACAAUGCAAGCAAAUGUAAUAACAUGCUUGCACUGUGUUUACAUGAAAUUUGUCUCUGGUGUCUCCAUAGAUGGGAUACCAGGAGACAAAAAUGCCAGGAAAGAGUAUUGUGCAGUGUGUGUGAGGAUGCAGUGUGUGUGAGGGUGGUGUGUGUGUGUGUGUGUGUGUGUGUGUGUAAGGGGUGUAGUGUGUAUGAAAGAGGGGUGCUGUGUGGGUAAGGGUGCUGUGUGUGUGCUGUGUGUGCAGUGUGUGUGAUAGGUGCAGUGUGUGUGUGAAGCUGCUGUGUUUGAGUGAGGGGGCUAUGUGCAUGUGAGGAAGCUGUGUGUGAGGGUGCAGUGUGUGUGUGUGAAAGCGAGGGUGCUGUGAGUGUCAGGGGUGCAGUGUGUGUGUGUGUGAGAGAGGGUGCUGUGAGUGCCAGGGGUGCAGUGUGUUUGUGAGUGAGGGUGCUGUGAGUGUCAGGGGUGCAGUGUGUGUGUGAGUGAGGGUGCUGGUGUGUGAAUAUGUCUGGAGGGCUUUUGUGUUGGGGUAGGCAGAUUAUUAUCUAUAUAUUAAUUUAAAAAAUAAAGAUGUAUUGAUUAUAUCCCCCUUCCCUUCUUACCUUUAGCCUGGGAGGGGGGGACUGUGCUGCCAUCCCUGGUGGUGCUAGUGGUGAGUGAACUCUAGCCUGCGAAACCCAGAGUGUUGCCAAGGCAGCGCUCAAUAUCUCGCAAGAGGAACCUGACGGGCUGCAAGAUAGGGUUCAUCUUUUGUCUCUCUUCCUCUCUCCCCCGCCGGCAGCCGCAAUUCACUACAUGUGGGCUGGUGAGGGAGAUCUACGAUCUCCACACUGGGCCGUCAUGAUACACAGUGGGGGCGCAGCUCGGAUAGUGCCGUUCCUGCAUAGACCGGCAGGGGAAAUCCUGUGAUCUCCCCUGCCAGUCUCGGCCCAUGGCCACUGCGGCCCACCGGGCAUUUGCCCAGUGUGCCCGAUGGCCAAUCCGGGCCUGCCUGGUAUAUCCUUACUAUUAUAUUUAUAUCGGCCUCUGUUCCCUAGACCAGGAAUUGUGUUGAAAUGACAAGGGAAUUGCAAAUUUUAUUUGAAUAACUUUUUUCAGUUCAACUGACUUUACCUACAAUUAGCAAAUCCCACGUCAAAGCUCUACAAUUGACAAUGUAAUAAGUAAACCCCCUGUUUGUUUUCCAAUGAUAAAUAGGUUUCUAUAGAACCCACACUAUGCCAGUCCUCCACAAUGUAAUGGUAUGGUCCUCCACAAUGUAGUCCCUGCAGCAACACAAACUGCGAUUAGAUAAUCACAAUAACUUUCUAUGAUAUGAGUUACCAUAUCCUGAACCAAACAGAAUUGUUCCUGAGGAAGGAAGAAUCAAGGAAUUAGGAAAGGUCACCAAAGUCUGGCGUUUUUAAUAAUACCUAUAUUGUUUUUCUAAAUAGGAAGGAUUAUGAUUGGGUGCGAAAUGUCCAGAGCUUUCCAGUGUCUAAAAUGUGACUGCCCUCUUUUUUUGUUAUAGUUUAAUAGCAGAGUGACCGGUGUCUCUCCUGUAUUGAGGGAUGGGGAGUGUGGCCAGGUGCCAUGGGACGUGACAUCUCACACGCAGGGAAACUCUCACCCUGUGACAGAGAGGUUUGAUGCAGUUACGGUGUGUGUGGGGUAAGAAGUAUGAAUAUCUCUAAUCUGUGACUGUCUGUGUGAGCCAAUGCUCUCCUUUGUUCUCACUGUGUGAUCUGUUCAUAAUACAGAAUAAUAGACAGCAGGGGCAUACCUAGAGCAUUUGGCUGUAUUUGUAAUUUUUUUUAAUGUUUUCAAGAAUAUUUAUUGCACAAAUUUGUAAACUUAUGUUAGAAAGAGUCCCCUCAAGGCCCCAUUAGAGACUACAAUGAAGUCUAAUGGACCCUGGAGAGGGGUCUCUCUAACACUCUGGCCCCCAUUCACAAUAUAGUAAUAUAACAUAGCUCACUAAUACCCAAGUUUUGCUCCUCGCUCUAAUUGCUGUUGUAGGCUGGCUGCUGUGGCUGGCUGCCACCCCCCCCAGCCCCUUUGUGCAUCUGUUUCUCCCCACCCCCUUUGUGUGUCUUUUUUCCCCUUCCCCAGCCCCUCUGUGGGUCUCUUUGUCCCCACAGCCAAAUACAUACAUAUAUAUACAAAAUAUAUCAAAAUCUCAAAAUAACUUUUAAAAGUUUAUCCAAAAAAUAUUAAAUCAUUCUAAAAGCAUAUAAAAAAAAUAUUCAAUUGAGGUCUUUAUUGCUAUUAUCCCUUCUAAUUGUGUGACCAUUACAGCUUAACUUAUAGUAUAUAUAUAUAUAUAUAUAUAAAUAUUUUUUUUUUUAUUUCUUCAAAAGGUUCAAAAAGAACUUUGGAUUCAAAUGAAAAUAUUUGACAAGCUCUAUUUGAUAUCUACAGAUCUUAAUUUCUUUGUGUUUUUCCUUUUUUUUUUUUUUUUUUUUAGGCAUUACUCUCAUCCUUAUAUUCCAGACAUCCCAGGGAUUGAUACCUUCCAAGGUGAGAUAUUAACAACCUUAUGGGGUUACACUAGGAGCAUAGUUGCAUUUGGAGCCCAUCACUUUGGUUGUUGGUGGAAGGUGAAUGCAAAGCUAUUCUAGAGGACUGGAGAUCAUUUUUGUCCUUUGCGUCUUCAGGUAAACUGCUGCACAGUCAUUCUUACCGCUAUCCAGAAAUGUUCACCUCUCGUUCGGUGGCCCUUUUAGGUUGUGGACCUUCUGGAGUGGAUAUUGCCCAUGAGCUGGCUCCUUAUGCACAACAAGUCACCCUAUGCCAUCGUGGCCCACCCCCAAAGUGGACUCCUCCUACAGGUGUAACUCUGGCACCAACGGUGGUCGGUGCCACUCCACAUCAUCUAAUCUGUGAGGAUGGAUCUCAACUGGAAGCUGAUACUCUAAUUUUCUGUACUGGAUAUAAAUAUUAUUAUCCAUUUCUGAUGAAAAAGAAAGAGCCAAGAAUGCUGAAGAACACAGAAGAAAAUGGAGAGACUAUAGUUAAAGAGUGUUUUGAGUCUGAUUCCAUAAUGAACAGAACCGGAUUGCUUUUGGCAACUCAAGAAGAGCUGGAAAGUAUUGAACUGAUGAAAUGUAAAGAUAGGUUGGAGUUAAGUAAGAAAAAUACCAAUUGGUUCAUGAUGAACGAUGAACUAGUGGUUCCAAAUGAAGGUCAAGGCCACCUUCCUCCACUCUACAAACAUCUAAUCCAUGCCCUCUACCCCACCAUGUGCUUCAUAGGCGCAUGCAAGAUAGUGUUACCAUUUCCUCUGUGUCAUUACCAGGUUCUCCUAUUCUUGGCAGUGCUGGAAGGAAAAUGCCUACUACCUUCUCCAGAGCAAAUGCUUUCUGAAUCCCUUGAUGAAUUAAAGAACCACCUGAGUUUGCAAUUGCCCCUCAAAUUUCUCCAUCGUCCAGACCUGUGGGAGUAUAAACACUGGCUUGCAGAGACAGCAGGUUUUGAGCCAUUGCCUCCUGUAAUGAAGAAGAUAUUAGAGACUUGCAAGCAAUGGAUGGAAAUAAACCCUGUGUCAUAUCGAGAUUUCAACUUUGAAGUCUUGAGCAAAGAUGAAUUUAGAGUAAUGCAAGGAGAUGCAACUAUCCUAGUGGAGCCCGUUUCAUCUAUUGGUUCAUUUGAGAGCUAAAUUGUUUGCUCAAUUUUUUUUACUAUAAAUCUACGGGAGAUGCAUCAUUUAACAGGUUGUGUUUUAAUACAGAUUGUGCUGAUUAGAGUAAAAUACAGUCGUAAUUUUAAGAUAUAUUGUACAAACUUACCCUCAAGAUCCGCAUGCAGGACAGAAUGUGAGGUAUCCAACCAUCGACAGGUGUCUCAAUGAUAGUAACCGUACCACUGAUAAAAAUAGACUCCUCAGCAGUUGCAUUUUCCAAACAAGGGACUCUUUUAAAUUUAAUUCAGUAUUCCUUCUAUUAUUGGACACACACAUCAUUAAAUUUUACUGCAUAUACAUUUUUGGGCGUAUGGUAAUUAUUACCUGUCUUUUUAUGUUCUUUGUUUGCAAGUCACGUUUAUUUAACAAACUGAAUCGUUUAAUCCAUUGGUAUUUCAGUUAUGAAUAGAGGAUGCCUUUUUAACAGAAAAUAAACGUUUUUAACCUAGAAUCCCUAAAUAAUUUUGUCAAUUCUGUAUCAACAUUUAAUGAUAUCAGUAGGUCCAAACAGCUGACAAAACAUUAAUAUCAGCAGGUAACCUGGUAAGAAAGAAGGGCGGAAUUUCCCAUUAUGCAGAGUAAGCACUUGUGUACAGAUACCUUGUGAGUAGGGGCCUAUUCACAGCACUUACAAUGUGCCUCGUGGAGCUUAGGUGGGCUAGUAAAGCACUAAGAGCCUUGGUCAGUGUCUCCUGUAGUCCACUCAAACUCCUAUGUUUGAUAGCAGAGUUAGAGAAACAGUUUUAGAAGGUGUAAAACUCAGUGCUAUCCCAGCUCCUCCAGUGUCUGUGUGUGAGGCUGUACAGGAAGUGGAAGGGAUCACUUCCUAUCUGCCCACUAACAGCCUCUCACACAGGAAAUGCCUUACAGGAGGAGCAAGGAUAGCACUGAGUGAUGCACACUGCAUCACAGCUCCUGCAGCUCCAAUAUCAAUCAAAGGAGGCUAAGAAGUCAUAGGAUGGUGAAUACUCUGCAAAUAAUCCUUCAAACUCCACAUGUAACCCUAAACACAAACUCUCCCAAAACCUAAACAAACUCUUUCCUUAGUCCAAUAAUUAAGCAAUCAAAGCCUAAAUGUGAAACAAAAUCCUUCACCUUUAUCCUAGCUUUAACUCCUAUAAAAAAUUUUUACAAAAUUAAACACACCACGUAGUCCAAUACUAACUUUAAAGAGACGCUAUAGUCACCAGAAC